AUGGCCGCCGCCUCCCCCGGCCCCGGCCCGCCCCCCGCGCCCGUCACUGCCGGCCGCCGCCCCGCCCGCCCCCCGGACCCCGGCACCGGCAGCGGGGCGAGGAGCCCCCGGUGCCCCCCCUGCGGUCCCCGCGCGGAGCGGCGGCUGAGGCGGCGGCGCGGCCCCUGCGAGGCCAUGUUCCCCCGGCCCGCCUGCCCCGCCGAGGUGCGGAGGGCGGCAGCCUCGGGCCGCAGCCGGUCCCGGCCGCGGGGCGGCGGCGGCGGCACCGUGCUGCUGCCCUCCAUGCUGAUGUUCGGCGUGAUCCUGGCCUCCAGCGGGCUGCUGCUCAUGAUCGAGAAGGGCAUCCUGGCGGAGGUGAAGCCGCCGCCGCUGCACCCUGCGGCCGGGGAGCCGGCCCGGCGCGGCGGCGGUGAGGAGGCCGCCGGUGACCUGGAGUACGAGGUGCUGCGGGACAUCCGUAACCGCACCAUCGGCGCGGUGUGCGGGCAGCGGGCCAUGCCCCGCAGCGUGUGGGAGCUGCCGGCCGGGCAGCGGCGCACGGUGCUGCGGCACCUCCUCGUCAGCGACAAGUACCGCUUCUUGUACUGCUAUGUGCCCAAGGUGGCCUGCUCCAACUGGAAACGCAUCCUCAAGGUGCUGGACGGGGCGCUGGAGAGCGUGGAUGUCAAGAUGAAGAUGGACCACAAGAGCGACCUGGUGUUCCUGGGGGACAUGAAGCCGGACGAGAUCAGCUACCGCCUGAAGCACUACUACAAGUUCAUCUUCGUGCGGAACCCCAUGGAGAGGCUGCUGUCUGCCUACAGGAACAAGUUUGGGGAGAUCAAGGAGUACCAGCAGAAGUACGGGGUGGAGAUCGUCAGGAGGUACCGCAAGAACGGGGGGAAUUCAGCUGGCGACGACGUGACCUUCUCCGAGUUCCUCCGGUACCUGCUGGACGAGGAGGUGGAGAGGAUGAACGAGCACUGGAUGCCCAUCUACAACCUGUGCCAGCCCUGCGCCGUCAGGUACGACUUCAUCGGCUCCUACGAGCGGCUCCACACCGACGCCAACUAUGUCCUGGAGCGCAUCCAGUCACCCUCCUUCAUCCGCUUCCCCGAGCGGCAGCCCUGGUACAAGCCUGUGACAGCAGAAACGCUCCAUUACUACCUGUGCAACACCCAGCGCCGGCUCAUCAAAGAGCUCUUACCAAAAUACAUCCUGGAUUUCUCCCUCUUUGCCUAUCCCCUUCCCAACAUCACCAGUGAAUUCUGCAGGCAGUGAGGUGGUUCGUUGGGGGAUCUUCCUUCGCUGCAAGGAUUUGCUGAUGCAGCCAAUGCUGCAGGGACUGUGAAACACUCUCUUCUAUGCAUUAUUUCCUAAUUUUGUACUUUUCCAACACUGUUUGUAUGAAAUUUUAUAUAUUGCCUUUGCUACCCGAAUACUUUUUGUAUUGUUCCGAUUCUAACGUGUACAUAUGACUCGAGCACAGGAGCUUUUGUAGAGCUAUUUUGCUUUAAAUUCUUUUUUUACAGCAUGACUCGGAAAACAUCUGUGAGGAAACCGAGAAAUUGAUACAUUUUAAGUAUUUUUUCAUCCUUUUCUGUGUUUUGUACUGAAUAGCUUGCAGCUGAACUGCAGGUGUAAUACACUUGAUGCGCUGAUGAUGGUACAGUGGUUGAUGCACUAAAUAUUAGCGCUGUUAAAACUGGUCCUGGAUUAGGCAGGAGGCAGUUUUGGGGUAUGAGCAGAAGAAAAGGCUUUUAUAAACUAAGGCCCUAUUUAUCCUUUAGUUUCCCAUCUGUUGAUGGUGGUUAAAUGAGGCUGGUCUUUUCUGUGAUGGUAGUACCUCUGAUUUUUAUUAUUAUUAAUUAUUAUUAUUUACCACUGAAAUAAAACUAGUGAUAGGAUGAGCUUAAUUUUUGUGCAAUUUUAAGACUUGGAAGUACCGACUCCUUACCCAGUGUAACGUAUCUGAUGCAAUACCAAGCCAUAACAAUUCACUUUUCUCUCUCUGAACUAAAGCAAUACAGACUUGUGGUAAAAUCAGAUCCCAUCCUGAUUUUAGGAUGGGACCCACAGGGUGCAGCCCAUCACCUUGGUGGGCCUCUGCAUGCCCACGUGUGUGCAAACCAAUGUGGAAAUCCACUUUCUCCAUCCGCAUCUGAAACAACAGCGAGUUGAGGAUUAGUUCUUCCUUCUUUUAUCGAGGUGCAAAGCCUUUUUGGAGCUAUUUGUAUUUAAUUAUGGCCAUUAAACUGUACAAGGUGGGGAGAUGGUGUAGAAUGCUCUUCGUGGGAGGCUGUGUCCUCGUUUUUAAUAAAGCUUGUCUAUGAAUUA